AAGCAGUCUGAAUCAGACCCAUUCUUGUGUGAUAACCGUUCGCUGUUUAGCUCUGCAUCCCUGCCCAACUCGCCUUUUUGAACCGAUAGGUCUUGAUCACCUGCAAACCUAUCUACUUCCUAUCAAAAGACACAGGAGAGGGCACAGUUGGUCAAACUGGUCAAGAUGCAUAUGGUCUAAGUUGCCACAUGAAUGGGACAGUCGACUUUCCUUUCUUUAACUACCUUCUGUGUAUGUGAUGGUGUUGAUGUGUAUGUGAUUUCUUUUCGCAAGGAUCUGGUAAAAAGAAGGCCAGUAGUGAUGCUUCUUCAUAUCACGCGGCAGCGGUUGUGAUAAGACGACCGUUCUGUGAUAUGUAACUUUUCAGGAUCGCCGCAACACGGUUAAUAUUGAUGUCUUAACUUUGCUGCUUCGUACAGCACAAAGUGAUAAUUAAUAAUUAGUACUAUAUCGUUCGUACCAUAUCGUUUUGGUUUGCAAAGGCCCAACUAAUCAUAUUACGCUGUAAACCUGUCUAAAAUAUCUCCAUGCUAUUCCUCGGAAGCUUGGUAUUGCUUAUUUACAUCGGCAGUCAAUGCUUGGAUUUCCAAACUGACAAAUUGUAGUCAAAAGCUUUGUCCUCAUUUUUCUUGCGGAUUUUUCUCCAAGACUCUACCAUUAAAAUGAUUGAAUUCGUCAUUGGAGGUAUAGUUCUGUUUCUGGGGCUGAUUUAUUUCCGAUCAAAACGAACAGCUGUCAACAAUCUUCCGCCCGGACCUCCAGGUCUGCCGGUCGUGGGAAAUCUGCUGCAACUGGGAAGAACGCCUCCGUUCAAACGCUUCAUGGAAUGGCGGAAGACGUAUGGUGAUACUUUCCUGGUUAAGAUGGGCAGUGACUAUCCUCUGGUGGUCAUGCACGACUACAACACCAUCAAAAAGGUCCUGAGCGACGAGGUCACCGCCGGACGGGAUCAGGGAUUUGUUUUCCUUAAAGAACUUGCAGGAAAAGGCCUAAUAUUAACGCAGGGAGAUGUAUGGAAAGAACAACGUCGUUUUGCUAUUUCCACGCUGCGCGACUUCGGCAUGGGCAAGACCUGGUUGGAAGAUAAUAUUAUUGGUGAAGUGGAGGAUAUGUGCGGUGUCCUGAGACAGCUCAAUCAACAGCCCUUUGAUCCCAAAACACUGUUAUCCCACUCGGUCUCCAACGUAAUUUGUGCUCUUGUUUUCGGAAAACGGUUUGACCAUUCGGAUGCGAAAUUUGGCAAAUUGUCGACGCUAUUCGCCGAAAAUGUACAGGUCAUUGGUCCCAUUCUGACAAUAGUGCAGGCGUUUCCUAUCCUACAAUUUAUUCCCGGGCCAUUUCGCCGUGCUGUUAAAAUCGCCCAACGAAAUGUUGCCGAACUACACUCAUUCUGCAAACAGUUGAUCAGUGAACACCAAAGCCAAUCCUCAUCGGAGAGUGCGGAUGAUUACAUCGAUGGCUACCUAAAAGAGGCCCAAGAACAAACACGAAAAGGCAUUGUUAACAGCACCUUUACAGAAGAGCAGUUGAUCAUCUCCGUAUUGGACUUGUUCGCUGCCGGAACGGAAACAACAGCAACAACCACCCUCUGGGCGUUGAUCUUUCUCCUGGAGAAUCCGGACGUCAUGAGCAAAAUGCAGAAGGAAAUCGACGACCAUAUACCGCGCGAUCGCUUUAUUCGGAUGGAAGAUAAAGGUCUGCUGCCCUACACCGAAGCCGCAAUUUUGGAAAUCCAGCGAUGCGCCAGCCUAGUACCACUGGGAGUUUUCCACCAAAUACUGGCGGAUACGGUGAUUGACGGAUACAAUGUCCCCAAGGGUACACUGCUGGCUGCCAAUCUGUACAGUAUCCAUCACGAUCCACGCUACUGGAAAAAUCCGGCCUCCUUCGAUCCUAAUCAUUUUCUGGACGCUGACGGAAAGGUGGUACAUCCAGCAGCUGGGUUCGCUCCUUUUGAAGUUGGCAAAAGGUCAUGCCUGGGAGAAGCUAUGGCCAAGAUGGAACUGCAUCUCUUUAUUGCCAACAUAGUCAAGAAUUUCAAUGUGGAAAACGAGCCGGGAAAGAAAAUUUCCCAUGAAAAUUACGUCUCCAGCUUCAUUAUCGGUCCAUCGCCCUAUAAAAUAGUUUUUAUUCCACGAUGAGCGUAUAAUUAUUUUGCUUAAGGAAUGUUUUGUAUUGAUGGUUUACUAUGUUGAGUGUGCUUAAUUUUACGUUGUUAUUUCUACAAUGAAUCGCAUUAGAUGAAUAAGUAAGGUGUGCUUAUUAUUUUACAGUCGAACCGGCAUUCUGCCUGUGCAGGAAUUUUGAGCCAUUUGUAGUACGGUAAAGUACUUGAGUCAAAUGCAUCGGAAUAUUUCA